AUGCAAAACGAUAGAGGGAAGAAAGAAGCCCAGAUUCGGAGCUACGAUUCUCGAGUAGCAGCGAUUGGAUAUGAAACCCUAGGAGAAAGAAGUAAAGAAGGAGCUGGAACGGAAUCAUGGAUGGACAUGGGAAUUGGGAGGUUGCUCCUCCGUUGGUUUGGAGGAGGAAGGAAAUGGAACUCUAUCAGAGUGCUUAACAUCAGGUCAAUCCAAGUGGGUCACAUCGAGAAGACGGGGUCCGCCGUUCUUGCGUCCUUGACCGACGUUGGGUGGAUUUUCAUUGAAGGCAUCGUCUCCAGUCAGAAGGGUAACUUCAACGAGUUCAAGAUUCCCUGUCACAUCCACAUUUUCGCCAGUGUUGAGAAUUUCGAGUUGGUUAGGGCUUCGAUUGAUAGAGGUGGGUUCAGUUUGUUGUGUGAUGGGAAUUGUAGUUGUAGCUCUGGGUCGGUGAUUGUGAAGGAUGCGAAAUCUUGGGCUAUGGAGUUGGAUGGAAUAUUCAAGCUGUUUGAUCGGUUCUCCACUGAAAGGUACUGGAGAAGGCUAAUACCAAUGUCCCGUAGGUGCUGGGGCUAG